AUGGAACUCUGGGUUCUUCUGCUAACGGUUGGCUUUAUCGCCGGGUAUCUCAUUUUGGCAGGACGCAUCACCGCGCUCAAAAGGGAGAUCGCGGUCCUCACGUCAUCGCAACAAAUAUCCGCCAACGCCGCGCUUGAACGAUCUGAACGGGAGAGCCAAGCGCCAGAACCAGCACCGGAAGCCACAGAAAACACCCCCAUUGAAGAGGAAGCGCCACCUGCUCGAGGAGCGCAAUCCUGGGGUCAGCCGGCCGAUGAAGAGCCCGCUGACACCGCACCGCAGGACGCUAUUGCUGCCCAGGUGGCACAUCAGGGGCCCUCUGUCUCGCUAGAACAGAAGAUCGGCACAAGGUGGAUUGUCUGGCUGGGCGGGUUGAUGUUCGCACUUGGCGGAAUUUUCCUGGUGCGUUACGCAGUCAAUGAAGGGUAUUUCGGCCCCGGGGCGCGCAUCUUUAUGGCCUCUCUUCUCUCCGUCGGCCUGUUGGUGCUGGGAGAAAAACUUCGCCGAGCGCCGUCGUUGCAGGCCAUCGCCAAUCUGCCAGGUGUUGCCAUUCCACCCAUCAUCACUGCUGUGGGGAUCGUCAUCGCGUUUGCUACGGCCUAUGCGUCCUAUGCGCUCUACGACAUGCUGGGACCUGAAGCCGUCUUCCUUCUGCUCGCAGUCAUCUCAGUGGGCUCUGUGUUACUCGCCGCGGUUCAUGGCCCCAUCCUCGGUGGCCUUGGGCUGAUCGGAAGCUACGCAACACCUGCCCUCGUUUCGUCCGACGAACCAUCGGUCAUCAUCCUCUUCACCUACCUUACCUUCGUCACACUUGCGGUUCUGGCGCUCGUACGUCUGCGGGCCUGGUGGUAUAUCGGUCUGAUGGCCGUCGCAGGGUCGGCGAUCUGGUCCCUCGUCGCGAUUUUCUUCGUAGGACAUCCUGACAAUCUGGUGAUGCUCUCGCUCUACCUGCCUCUGAUGACGGCAGCAUUCAUGUUCACGCCGCUCACACCCGAUAUUGAGGAUGCAGAUGACCUGCAUUGGCGACGCGUCCUGAUCGGUACAGCAGUUGCGACGUUCGGGGUUUUGAGCCUUCUCUUUGUCCAUAGUGAAGACAACGCAACGCUCGCCCUUCUCUCUCUUGCUGCUUAUGGGGCCAUCGGUGCCGUCGCGGCAUUCCGGGUUCAACUGCUUGAUCGGGAGCUUCUGAUAUCCGUCGGCCUCGUCGUCCUAACCCUUUUGCUCUGGGUGCCUAUCGGCGCCAUUCCCUUCGAGUUGAGUGACGCAGCAAGCAGAGGAGCGCUCUCGCCUCCCGGGGUACCUUCGGAGCUUCAAUUCUAUACCUGGGUCUUGGCUCUCUUUGCCCUUGCCUAUUCAGGCGGCGGCUAUUGGGCGCUGUCCAAGGUCAGCAAUAGAGGUCUCUGGGCGUCUGUUUCCGGGACGGUUCCCAUUGUUCUCUUAGCUGUUGUCUAUUGGCGCUCAACCGCAAUGGAGACCAGCAUGGCCUGGGGACUGGUUGCGGGGCUUGUUGCCGGCCUGCUCGCCUAUGCCGCCAGCACCUGCCGGAGCGACGAGCGAGGAUCGGACGGCGCAGUCGGCGCCUAUGCGACCGCCGCAUUGGCUGCGCUCUCCUUGGGCGUUGCCAUGGUCCUCCGCGAUGCCUGGCUCACCGCGUCUCUGUCUCUCCUGCUUGUUGGCAUUGCCUGGAUCAACGCCUCACUGGCACUGACUCUUUUGCGCUGGGUGGCACUGCUGAUCGCUGGAAUCGUGAUGCUUAGGCUUACCUUCAAUCCAGCUCUCAUGUCUUACGACAUCUCAACCACUCCAAUUUUCAACUUCCUGAUUUACGCAUAUGCGCUACCUGCUGCCGCCAUGGCGGUGACGGCGACGUGGAUGCGACGACAUAAAGAUGAUCUGGUGGUGCAAUGUCUGGAAGCGGGUGCCGCCCUUCUCUUUACGCUCUUUGUUUCAUUGGAAAUCCAUCACUGGAUAAGUGGCGGUGACCUGUUCUCUGAGAAGUAUGAAUUUGGCGAACGUGCCAUUCAGACACUGACUUGGCUCGCGCUCUCCUUCUUCUAUUAUCGCUUGGGCCAGCGCUACGGCCGAACCAUUCUCACCUAUGCCGGAGAGAUAUUGCGAUGGUUGGGCCUUGCGCAUCUUUUGCUUGCGCAACUCCUUUUCGGAAACCCGCUGUUCGUCCCAACCUUUGUUGGGGACCUGUUCUUCUUUAAUCUGCUGACGCUUGCCUAUCUCGCACCAGCCCUUUUUACCGGCCUCUACAGUAUCACCGCCAAAGAGCGCGGUGAUCGCCAAACAACCUUGUGGUUCGGCGGCGCGACCCUCGGCCUGCUGUUGACCUUCGCGACGCUGCAGAUCCGCCAGAUCUUUCAGGGCGGUAUGCUGCCCGGUGGGACCACGAGCGACAUGGAAUGGUACGUCUAUUCCAUCGUCUGGCUCUUGAUCGGGCUUGGUAUCUUCGCGCUCAGUUUCUAUCGAGGUGGGCGGGACCUCAGGCUUGCCGGCAUGGUGGUGAUCACACUGGCAACCACCAAAGGGUUCCUCUUCGACAUGGCAGCCCUUACCGGUUUCCUUCGGGCGAUUUCCUUUAUCGGAUUUGGUGGGGCGCUCAUCGGCAUUGGAUUGCUCUAUCAGAAGUUUGUUUUUCCGCCAAAAAGUUCAACUACGCCUGAAGAAGCCCCGUAA